AUGGCGAAAUUCCGAUCGUUUGGGAUCCGUCGCCUGAGUCCAAGCAAUGGUGCAAGAUCGCAAUUGACCGACCAUGCGGAAGUCGGGAAGAUAAGCGAUAAGGACCAACCGACUUACAGAGGACGUCGGCCGAUACGGAAUACUGGCUCCGAUCUCGUAAACACUUAUCGUAAAACUCCUAUGUGGUCAUGCGCUGUUCGGUAUCUCCCCAAAGCUUCCGAAUACCUUCCUCGGACCCUAGCAUGGUCAGUUGGUCAGCAGCUAGGAGUUGGAGUGAAAAAAUUGGUGUGGCAACACUGCACGUGGAUCAGGGCGCGUAGUGUGUGGACGUGGGAAAGCGUCGGUAACAAGCAAUGGCGUGGAAAAACGACUAAGUCCCUCAUCGCCAUUCUCUUGCCGCUUCGCCUCCUUAUCCAAUCCUCUCUGCCUCCCAAUAUGUCCUCUAUCCUUUCUGUCCUCAAAACCAAGCUUGGGGAGUACAUGCUCGCCCUUCCCAAUGGCGCCACCAAGUACGAGGAUUACGAGGCCUGGGCGCAGGACAUGCCUGAACUCGCCGACUGGAUUGCCGAGGCCAAGAUUGGCCUCAAUCCGAUGGCUACCGACGACUGGCUGCGGGCAGUGCAUGUCGCGUUGCAACAUCAGCAGGCGGCCGAGGAACAGGCCCUAGUGGAGGAGAGGGAGCAUAUUGCUGUUGCCAAAUGGGAGGCUGCCAAAGCUGAGGCGGCUCGGGCUGCUGCGGCUCGGGAGUUGGCUAAAGUGGAUUGGGAAUGGUGCCGGGAGGUACUGGUGGACACAAUGUUCAAUGGAUCGCUCGAUUCUGAAGAGGGUGAGCGUCAGUUGGCUGAGCUUGAGGCCACGUCUGUCCUUCCUCUCCCUCUCUUCCUUCCUUCUCUUUCCCCUUCCACCGCCGUGUCCUCUUCCCAUCCCAACCCAUCCGCCAACUUGUCCCAGCCUGACCUGUCUGCCACCAAUUCUGCGCUUGCGUCUGCAACCGAUGCUCUGGAUCAAAUGAGCGUGGGUUUGGUUGCCGCCGCUGCCCCAACCGACUUGAAGGGCAAACAGUCGGCAGCGGCUGUUGUUGUUGAGUUCGUUUGUCAACCGACGCCACCUCUUGGGUGUGUCGUCCUUCCUCUCGGCCCUGGAAUGGGCCGAAUGUCAACUGCUAGGUCCCCUGUGGAGCGAAAUGGUGCCGGGAAGCUGCUCGAAGACCCUCCCGAAUUAUUACCGGGUGAUGUCUUGGCCGACUACGCUUGUCAUCGCUGUGCGACCGCCUUUCUGACCAAGGCGUUCCGAUGCUACCAGCAACCUGGGCUGGUAUUGUGCACAAAGUGUGCCAGGGAGUCGAAGGGGUGUAGCUUUCAGCCUGGGUGGAUGCCGACGGAUAAGGGGAAGGGGAAGGGGAAAUCGAAGGAAAAGGGGAAGUCGGUGCCAAAGUUGGAGGAGAGGGGACGCCCCCUUGAAGCAUCUGCAGCUGCUCAUACCAGAAAGCCGGUCCAGCGGCUUCCAACCACUGCUAGGGCCGCCCCUGCUCCUACCCGCCCUUCACGCACUCGUUCAGCUGCUGUCCCUGCCCUGCCCGACUCCUCUCGCCUGUCUCCUGUCGUCGCGCAAGGCAUCGCGUCAGAGCUUCGGUACCACAUCGCUGUGGACAAAGGUAUGCGUGCCUCGCUGGCGCGUUCGAUUGCAAUGUGGCAGGUGUUGGUGGAAGACUCAUCGGAUGCCGAGGAUUUGGGAAUGUCGGUGUUGGGCGACUUUGUUCCCGAUGUGUAA